AUGUCAAAAGCCGUCUACGCGAAGCUGUGGAUGGCAACAUCCCAGUACCACCUGAGGAGGACCUAUGGAUGGAUGCACGUAUGGAAACGUCUGGCUCUAUGGGGCGCCGUUUACGGGGCUGCCGGCGUCUGGCUGUACUUCCCCGCAUGCCGCCCAGAAAACAAGAAAUUGUUAACCCUGGGUUACUGGACGGCUCCGGAGGUCGGCUACAACAAGUACCCCGUGGUUUCUGAAGAGGAGUCUACGUGA